UCCUCCUCCUCUCCCGCACCCCUCCCCACACUCCCGCCCGCCCGCUCUCCCUGCAACCUGCGAGCCAGACGGCCUGACCUCCUGCCGCUCCCACAAGUCCACGCCGAGACCCCCAUCUGCGUCGUCCGUCCGUGACGACGGAGCUCACGUGAUGCUGGAGGAGCCGCGUGGGCGCCCGAGCUCUGGAUGGCAGUGGAGUCGCGCUCAUCCUGACCGCGUCAAGGGCCUGCGCCUCCAGGACUGGCUGCGUCUCCACGACCUCGCAAGCGCCACCAGCGCCGCCGCCACCUCCGCGGCUAUAGCCCUUGGCGUUUAGGUGCUGGGCGGCUGACUUAUCGUAGAGGCUCCGCAGUGCCGGCAGCAUGGACAGCGAGCAGCUAGCGCCGCCCGCCUCCUCCGUCAACUCGUCUCCGUCCUCCUCUUCAUCCUCCUCUUCCUCUUCAUCCUCGCUCUCGCCGGGGCCCGUCACGUCCUCGCCGGGUGGGAAUGGCGGCGGCAGUGGUGCCGGCGCGGCGGCGGCGGCGGUGGCGGCGGCGGUCGCGGCGGCGGUCGGGGUCGGAGCGGGCACCGGCGGAGCCCUGGCCGCGCCCCGCUCGGCGAGCAACGGCGCCGUGCCGGCCAGCCCCCCCGCGGGGCCGCCGGGCGUCACGGUGGCCUGCGCCGUCGCCGGCGCCGUCACCAGCGUGACCGGCAGCUGCGGCGGACAAGGACCUCCGCUCUCCGUCUACGACCGACAGACGGUCCAGGCCAUACAACAGGCGCUGCACCGGCAGCCCAGCACCGCAGCGCAGUACCUGCAGCAGAUGUAUGCGGCGCAGCAGCAGCACCUCAUGCUGCAAACAGCCGCCCUGCAGCAGCAGCAGCAACAGCAGCAGCAGCAGCACCUGAGCAGCGCACAGCUGCAGAGUUUGGCUGCGGUGCAGCAGCUGAUUGGACGGCCCCAAGCGGUGACAUCGGCAGCAGGGAUUACCCAGCAGGCCGUGCUGCUUGGGAGCACAGCCCCCUCGUCGCACACGGCCAAUCACAUGUACCUGCAGGCCACGCAGAUGGCCCAGCAGAGCACACCCGUGCAGGCCGGCCGCACGCUGGGCAGCCCCGUUCCGCUCUCGCUGCAGCUCAUCUUCACGCCCGCCGUCGCCACGCUGCAGCCCGAGGUCACCAUGGCAACCGCGGGCUCCGCUGCGGCGCAGGUGCAGAACCUGGCUCUACGAAGUCAGCAGGCGGCUGUGUCGUCGUCAUCGGCGGCUGCGUCGUCGUCAGCGGCGGCGGUGGGGGCGUCCGCUGCGGUGGGGGCCGGUGGCCCGCAGCCACCCCAGAGCGUGCCGCUUAAGCCGACCGCGGCCGGCCAGCCCAAGGCCCCAGGCCUGACGAAGCCAUCCGGCCAGGCCGCCACGUCGCCCAAGAGUGGAGCGGCGGACGAGGGCGGCUGGCGGAGGGGCGACACGGGCAGCCCGUCGUCGGGGAACAUGGCCGGCGCCACGCGAACUCCGACCCCCGUCGCCUCGUUGCCCGUCGCCGCGCCGGCCGGCAUGAUCGGGGCCGCCCAGCACCUGAUUUCCUCGCAGCAGAUCCCGCACCCCCAGCCCAAGCCGUCGCUGCACUGCCAGCUGCACGUCGCACCGCAGCAGCACCGGCCCGCGUGCCCCGGCCAGCCUCCGCCGCCGCCGCCUCCGCCGCCGCCGCCGCCGGCGUCGCCCGCGUCCCAGGGCCGGCCGGCGACGCCGCACGGCGCGGGGUCGGCUUCGGGGCCGCAGGCGCCCACGCGGUCGCCCACGCCGCAGGCCGUGGCGCGGUCGCCCACGCCGCAGGCCGUGGCGCGGUCGCCCACGCCGCAGCUGCAGGGCUCGCCCGGCGGGGCCCAGGCCCUCCCGCCGCCGCCGUCGGCGUCGUCGUCGGUGACCGGGCAGGGCAACGCGCAGGCCCAGCACGCGGUGAUGCCGCAGCCCCUCGCACUGGUGCAACCGCACGUGGCCCUGAGCCAGAGCCAGGCGUCGCGCUCGCCUCCCAGCACCUGCGACGCCCACCACCACCACCAUCACCACCACCAUCACCACCACCAGCAGCAGCAGCAGCUGCAGCAGCAGCACUCGUCAGCACCGCAGGCCCUGCUGCAAGGCCACAAGGCCGAGCAAAGCAUGGCCACCGCUCAGGGCCGUCAGGGUGGCCACCAGGCCGCGCCGCCGCUGUCGGGCGGCGCUUGCCGGCAGGCGGUGGCACCGGCGGCCUCCUCCUCCUCCUCGGCUUCUCUGCAGGUGCAGGGCGGCAGGCUGGCGCAGCCUUCGCUCCCGCCGUCCGCUCCCCAGUCGCCGGCGGCGCCGGGCCGGCCGGCGCCGCAGCCACAGCAGGGGAUGGUGCAGGGCCAGGUGAGGCAGGCGCAGGUGCAGCCGCAAGCUCAGCAGGGUGCGGCCAGGCAGGGCCAGCCGGCGCCGCGUCCCGUGCACGGCCCCUGCUCGCACCAGACGCUGCCUACGUCGGCGCCGACGGACGGGAAGGCCAGGGACGUGCUGCCCACGCUGGUGCGGGAGCAGCCCCUGGGGCAGCUCGCGCAGCAGGGCGGCUACGCGCUGCUGCCGCCGCCGCAGACGGUCGCCAUGAACCUGCAGGUGCAGUCGACGACGCAGACGCAGGCCGGAUCGUCUCGUGGAGGGCGGGAGGAAGGUCGCGUCACCACGGCGACGGGGAGCCCGGGAGAGAAGCGCUCGGUGACGCGCAGCCCCACGCCGCCCCCUCCGCCCCUCUCCCCCGUGCAGCAGCCCGACUACCGGCCUGACUCGCACACGCACGACAAGGAGAUGGACACGGGCGACGACGCGGCCCCCUCCAUCUCGCCCUCGGCGAAGAGCCCCGGCGUGACAACCACGACGGCGCACCUGGCAGACGAGUCGAUGGACACCACCGAGGAGGCCCCGGCGCCCGGCGGCGCGGGCCCCGAGAGCGUCUCCGCGGGCCGAAGCGAGACGCCGCGGCCGCCCCAGGCGAUCGUGAAGCCGCACAUCCUGACGCACGUCAUCGAGGGUUUCGUCAUCCAGGAGGGAGCCGAACCCUUCCCCGUGAGCUCCAAGGCCAGAGGCGCUUGCGUUAUGGUGGGCCGCUCCUCGCUGCUGGUGGAGAAAUCCGACAAGGGCCGGCAGCCGGCGCCGCCGGGCUCCACGCCGUUCCCCUCGGACGACAAGUCGCCUCCGCCGGGACCCGACUCGUCCGACUCGGACAUGGAGGGGCUGAGAGAGAUGGGAGGGGAGCCGGGCCGCGAGGUCGACAUGAUCCAGUGCGAGUUUUGCCGGAAGAUCGACUUUGCUUUCCGCUUCCGCCGCUCCAAGCGCUUCUGCUCCAUGGCGUGCGCCAAGCGCUACAACGUGGGCUGCAGUAAGCACGUGGGGCUCUUCGGCCCCGCGCAGCACGAGCACGUCUCGCAGCGCCGGGAGCGCGCGGGGCAGCGCGGGCGGCAGCGCCGCAGCGCCAUCCACCCACUCGCUCGCACGCACUCCAUGCGACAGCCUGUGGCGGGCGGUGGUGUCGGCGGCGGCGGCAGCGGCAGCGGCGGCGGCGAUGACCGGCCAGGGGGCGAGCAGCCGCACGCGGACCGCGCCUCGUCUCCCUGCGCCACCGUCGCCAUGACGACGCGGCGGCGGCAGAGCGAGCGCGAGCGCGAGAUGCGCGACCUGGCGAUGACCGAUCCGUCGGAGCCGCACGGGGAGAGGUUCUCGCACGAGAGUCCCAGCCGCUGGAGCGUCGAGCAAGUGUGGGGGUUCAUCCACUCGCUGCCCGGCUGCCAGGAGGUCGCAGACGAGUUCCGAGCGCAGGAGAUCGACGGCCAGGCCCUGCUGCUGCUCAAGGAGGACCACCUCAUGUCGGCCAUGAACCUGAAGCUGGGCCCGGCGCUCAAGAUCUGCGCUCGCAUCAACCUGCUGAAGGACGCCUGAGAUCCACCCUCCCCGGGCCACUCGGCCUCCGAGCCUCUCGGUCCCCCGGCUUGUCGGCUUCACAGACCCGAGGCUUGAGAGGUUCUCCUUACGCUCGGACCCACGGCCUCCGUGGGGUUUUGGUGCCGCGGCUGCGAGGGGGUUAAAGAGACGAGGGAGGUUUUUCGGCCUUGUCAAGAAUCGGACGCCCGGGCUGGAGCUGCGUCUGGGCUGAGAUUUUUACCGGACGAACGCGAAAAUGGAAGAGAUUAGAGAGCGACCUGACCCGACAGUGUGGGGGGUGUGGGCGAGAAUGAGGGGGUGGGAGGGAAGGGGUGGAGGAUGCCCAUGUUCAUCCAUGUACUCGGCGCAAUUACGUUCAUGUAGCAAAAAGUAACAAUUACAAAAGUAGUUUUAUACGUAUGCGGUCGAUAUGCCUGAGAACGAUGAAUGAUAUCGUUUCAGCUUCGCUUCGCACUGUGUCAUCCACCAUGCUUGCGGUUGCACAUUGGAGCUUGUGUCUGUGCUGCCUGGCGACGAUCGGCCUCAAACAUCUCGCCGCCUUCUCCUCUGGGGCCAUCACGGCAACGGGGAGGAAGCGACGCCGCAGAUGCGGGUGGACUUAACGGCGUUGACCGGAAGCGGCCUCCUUUGACAUUCCAAUACCGCCAGGGACCUUGGUCGCCACAAACCGUGGUUUGGUCGACUUGGCGCUGCCAAUUCCAGCGCCGCUGCUGUUGUCCCCCCCAGGAUCUCGGGGGACCUGGAUUGCAGUGUUUUUUGUUUACGAGAUGGCCGUGUUUUAUGUCAACAACAACAACGAUGACAAGAAAAAAACUAAAACUGCACGGAAGAUUUUGAGCUGACAGCGCGCAUUUGAGACUCGUGCCUCUCCUGUACAGGACACCGCUCACGUUGGAUUCUAUUCUAUUUAGGAUGUAUACAACGCCCUUUCCAUGGCACCUUACAACACAAGCCGACGGCGGUACACAAGGGGCAGAAGAGGAGCAACGAGUGGAGUGGAGUGGCUGUCAGUGGGAAUAAGGUGAAGUGUGAUGGUGAAUGAGGGUGACAGAUGGGUGCAUCGUGGAUCAGAGGCAGCAGGGUGUGGGGCACAGGCGUGAAGUGGUGAGAUAGGUGCUAUGGCUGGGCAUGGAUGAGAGCAGGUGAAGGGUGGUAGGGGCAGAGGUGUGGUGGCCGGAUAGUUGAGCUGAUUGAGGAGCACAGCGGAGGGCUGAGGGAGCGAUGUGGUUAGGUGCACGUAGAGAAAGCGAGACGUGAGAGCCGGGUCAGGAAUUCGGGUCGUAGGAGGGAGAGAACCGGGAGGCUGGGAGUGGGUUAGAGGCGGGGGAAGGAACCGGUCGAGGUGGAGUGAAAUGUGUAUGGAAGGUUGAGUACAGUGUGUGUAGCUGCCUUUUGGAUGUGUUGGAGAGGGAUAAAGGCGUAAGCAGGGAGACCGACCAGGAGUGAGUCGCAGCAAUCGAGGCGAGUGAAGACAAGGGGGAGUGUACGAUGAGUUUGGCAGCGGUGGUGGUAUUGAGGGGGCGGAUUUCCCUGAUGUUGUACAGCUGGUAGGGGCAUGUGCGAGUGGUGUUGGCAAUGUGGGAAGUGAAGGAAAGAGUGGACUCGAAGGUAACGCGAGUAAGGGUGGAAGAGUUUGGGAAGAGGCUAAGGAGGGGGGUGAAGGAGGGGGGGGUGAGUGAGAGGAUGAAAAGAAAAGCACCGAGGUUUUGGAAGGGUUUAGGGAAAGGAAUUUUUGGGUCAUCCAGGCUUGUAUGGGUGUCAGGCAGGAUGAGAUGCGGAGGGAAAGAUCGGGGGUGAAUGAUAUGAAGGAGAAGAUAAUUUGAGUGUCAUCAGCAAAUGUGAUGGGUAAUAUCCCAGGAAGAAAGGCUAGACUCUCACGUCCAGGCAAACGCAUCCGCUCCGCGUCGUUAUCGUCGUCAUCGUCGUCAAUAGCCGCGCUUCAUAUUUUCAGUGUCGCUUAGAGUUGCAACUUUAAGAGAAAUAUAUAUUGAGUAUGGAGUGGUCAUUAGCGACAACAAACAUGCAACGGAGUGCUUUCUUAAACAAAAGCCUUAACUAUUUCGCCGUGACGCUACAGGCUGCUGUGUAAGGCCAAUGGCCUCGGUGGGCACUUUGUUGGCUGGACGGGGGUCUCUUCCGCGUGGUCUCGUGAGCUCGUGUCCCUGUGGGCACCUGUGGGCACCUGUGGAGCCACUCUCUGCCCGGGUGCCACCCUCCACGCAUCCCGGACCAAGUUUGAGUCGCGGACGAAACGCCGCUCAAAGACAUUGAUAAUGACGGGACAAAAUAGGAAUAUGUUUUUCCCUCUCCGAUUUUAGCUUAGAAAUUAAUUACGACAAUAGUUAACAUUAACACGCACUUAUAUUUGUUAAGGUAUCAAGCGUAUGUCGGAGUGUUUUGCCGUGUCUUGGCUUCGUCUCGUCUCAAUGGUCUUGGCUUGCCGAGCUUGUCGAGGGACCGGCUGUCUCUACCACAGUCGCCGCUCGAGUGCCACGCCGCUGAGUGGACGCUGUGGUGCCACGACCGGACUCUGGCCCCAUGUAGGCCUUUUUGCCGCCCUUAGGCCUUAACUUGGCAGACGAUGGCCUGCAGUCGCCGCUGUGAGCGCACGUAGGUUGGCAGGCAACAGUGUUGAAACGUCUGAGUGCUACGCACUUGAGCGGCGCACGGAGAUUGCCACACCGCAAUCGUAACUCCAGCCUUAACGCGAGUGCUCACUUUUUAACCGUAAGUCAAGAGCUAGCCCUAAUGAAUGAAUCAUUUUCCAUUGCUCUGCCGUCACAUUCAACUUCGCGCUUACCUUACUAUCCUAAUCCGAACCCGUGUAUUUUGUAAACCAGGUGAGAACUUGUAAGAGACCAGCAUCGUCUCAUAUGCAAGUGACACCCGGGUCACCGACAUAACCCAAACGUUAGUUGAAACCCCGACCGCUACAAUAACACUAACCCACACAUAAAGUCCUAAACGCAAGUCACCCGAACUAAAUCAACGGCCACCAGCAAUUUCCACUACCCGACCCGUAGUCCGACCAAUAACGAUGGCCUUGGAUGACGUUGACAUUUUUGCAAUGAAAGAGGGCCUCGAAACCAUAUCCGGCUGAAUUAGCGUCGCCUUUCCCCAUCCCUCAUGGCGAUCACGACGGCACGUGCUCACCCGCACAGCUCUGGCACGCUGCGGACUGAGAGGCCGUUCACCUGCGCUGUACCGACCAGGCGGGCGACGAUUUCUUUCUGUCACUGCCUUGUGCGGUUCUCCUACGGCCACUGAGUGAGUCGUCGCGAGGUUUGUGAACCCAGCGAGAGGGCCCUGCCCAGUUUUCCCACCGCAGCCGCCUGUGAACUGUAGUCAGGCCGCGUCGGUGGUGUCGCAUGCCUGGAAAUGGGUCCCCCGGUGGAAAGAAUGUGAAGAAACUCCAUCGCAGGUUCCAUUUUCUAGAUGAUUUGUUUCACGAUAACAUUUACAAGGCGUACGACUCACAAGUUUCACAAGGCUAUGACUAUCUGCAGCCCCGGUGGUUUCCGCCAGAUUAAUCUCGAACAUUCCUUCUUGAUGGGUUUCCACCAUGUAGAUCGCCAACAGUCGGCCGCGAUGUCGUCCACCUGCAGGCGUCCUCGAGAGCGGACCUCGCCCCCCCUUCUAUCCCCACUCGGCCACGCUCUGGUGACUUCCAGCACUUUCCUCCGGUAGAUUCCUCCAGCAGACUCCACCGGUCUUCUACUUCCCUUCUCGAACCUUCCCUCAUACAGGAUGCUGCACCUGUUUACACCCAUCUCCACUCACCCCAGGAUAACCCUUGCCAUGUACAGUAUCCUACAAAUGUAAUUGGGGCGGGGGCCAACUGGCAUCUCCCGAGCCGGAUUGCGACUCUUUAAUCCACGACAUGCAGCUCUAUCGAAGGGGCGUAACGUAGAACGUGCUGUCACAGUAGUAAAGAUUAAUCAUCGUCUCCCGUGCUGUGCUCAAAACUGUAUAUAUAUAUACACUUGACUCUGUGCAGAACUCAUGGGUACGUCUUGGCUCUUGGUCUGUUACAGGUUGGCCACCCCUGGCCAACGUUCUCGACACACCUACGCCGAUGGGCCAUGUGACUCGCUUCGUAGCAAGCGCGAGCCGCUUCUGAGCGGGCAGCCUGAGUGGCUAAUGCUGCACGAACGUAGAUCGGCCUCGCAAAACCAACACCGCCCAGCCAGGGCUGUGCAUUCUACAAUCCACACAAAUCAUAUCCAGCAGUGGGAAACAUUUAGCCCGCGGGCCGUGACAUCUUUUUAUAUGGAUGGUGGCCACGUGAAGGCCACCACUUACAAAUCGGCCUGCAAAUUGACAUUCAUCUGUCACUGCAAACAUCUUGGGGAAUAUUUUCAACCUGGCAAUCCUCGUUGGCUCGCUGAUGUUCAUGUAGCGCAACAGGCUAUCGUUUUUACAUUGACACGAUUGAGUCGGAUAAUUGCGUCGAGGAGUCAGCAGAGUCGUGCAUCGCCACUGGGAGGAUGCCUCCUUGGUAUUUGUGAAGUCGGGGAGAUGGCAGCCUCCACGCGGCUCGCUCUAUUGAGUGAGGAAUCGCCACGAAUGCCCUCAAACCCGGUGACUGAACAUCGAGCGGCGAUCUUCCCGGUCUCCAGAGCAGCGACUCGCUCAACCUUGCAAUAACGCCGUGUUUGUAACUUUAGCGACGCUCGGUCAUUUGUGUCGCUGCACGGGCCUCCCUUUAUACUCGCUCGACACUCGCACGCUAAUCUUUGCAUUCUUUUUUAUAUAUAUAUGAAGCUAAGCUUUGUGUCGAUGUACGUUUUGCCUGCUAAAGGUAUUUGAACGUCCUGUUUGGCCCUGCGCAGGGAAAAGGUUCUCUGCUGCUGCUGCGAUCGGCCAAAAACUGGCCAGAGACGAACCGGCAUUGGCCACGUGGCCGGGAUAAGGGCCCUCACCGCGGGCAGCACUUGAUUUGUUUUUGUUCGUAGUGUUUUUGUGCUUCAGCUGCUGUUGAGCAAUGAGGGUUUGUAUUAAAGAGCCAGCGGUGAGUGGUGUGUGGGUGGCUUAUCUGGGUCAAGUGAGGGGUUCAAUUCCACCCGUUCCUGUCUCCUGUACGUCCUCUGUGUCGCUCGUAAUUUCGGUGCAGUAAAAUAAACUCCCAGUCACCUGAA